UUGCGUUUGAUGAUCACUUCGAUCUUGUUCCACAUCGCAUUUUCUCUCUCUGUGCCGACGACGGUGUCGUCUGCGGCUGACGAUCGUGAAAAACAAAAUUUUCCUCGGUGAAAAUGAACUCAUAAAUUGUAGAUAGUUUGAUUAGCUGUAAGUUUCGUGACAAUUUAUCCUUCAAAGUGCAUCAAAUUAAAAAAAAAGUGAAGUAACCCGAGCACAGAAUGACUUUCCUCAGUUUGCUGAGCUAUGUCUCACUGUUGGUGCAGAUCUGCUUCGCAACCGUAUCGAUAGCUGCUGGCCUUUACUAUCUAGCCGAACUGGUAGAGGAAUACACGGUCAUGGCUAAGAAGGUCAUUACUUGGAUGAUCGUCGGGUCGGUUCUACUUUACGCGGUGUUCAUAUUUACGGAAUGUUUCACCUGGACGUUGAUACUCUGCGGUGUUGGAGCCCAGGGCUUACAUGCAGCCAUACUGAAGAACUUCCCAUACGUGAAGUUCCUUUCGCCCAGCUUUCUGGGCGCUGUGAUAUUACUUUUAUUGAAUCACUACUUGGCUUUCAUCUAUUUCCAACAGCAGUUCCAUCCAUUCACGGAGGUAAUGGCAUACUUUACGUUGUGCCUAUGGUUGGUGCCGUUUGCGCUGUUUGUGUCACUAUCGGCCAAUGACAAUGUUCUGCCAACCAGCAACGAAAGAACGCAUCUUUUAGGUGAUAACGACGUGGUGACAAACUACUUCUCCAGUCGGAAGAAGAUAGGCUUGCUGUCGCUAUUUAACUUUGCCAAGGAAUCGCUUCUACCGGAGCGAAAUAAGAAAGCAUUUUAAGCAAACGAUCUCCGUACCACCGUAAUCAAUCCAACUGAAGAACAAAAUGUGAAACGUUCUGCCAUCAUCAACAUUAUCGACCAUCGAUAGACACAUCUCCGUUUUUUGCUCUUUUGUUAUUUAUUUAUUGAACAUAUUAUGAUAGCUGCAUCAAACACCAAUAAACUUUGAGUGAGAAAUUA